AAGGAUUUGGGGGAGGAUGGCAGGGGAGUGGAAAUCUGCUCUGAAUUGGUUGCAGGUCCGAUGUGGAAUUAGAAGAGGGGAUUGAGUGCCGUAAUAAGGCAAGCACAGUUUAGCAAUUGGGUAUCCCGUUUACUAAAUGAAAAUAGCUGUGUUUAGAGCAUCAUUGGCUGCUUUUUUUCUCUUUUCAGGCCAAACUGAUUUCCACUCUUUAAGAUCUGUCCAGGUUUUGACUCUCAAAUGAAUUUGUUUCUAUGCUUUACUUUUGAUACUAGAUUUUCAAAAAUAAUAUAAACGUACGUUUGCUUUUCAACCUCCAAAGGAAUCUAAUUUUAUAAAGCUCCCUCCUGUGGCCAAGAAUCGUGGGCCUGGAGGAGUCCUGGGGACUCCCUAGCAACAGAACUUCCUCCCUAACAACGGAUCUCCUCUGGAGCCCGAGCCUGGAAGAAAGCUAAGACCGGAUGUUGACUCUUUCGCCGUAGUAACUCACUCAAAUCCGGAAGUUACGCAGGAGGAAGAGGAAGUAAAGUCGGCUUCGGACGCAUGUGGGUCAUGCUCGUGUUUCUAGGUCCCAAGAAGCUGGUCCUUUAAGCUCGGUACCGGCGUAGUCAACAUGGGUCGCUCGGGGAAGUUGCCCUCUGGUGUCUCGGCAAAGUUGAAGCGCUGGAAGAAAGGCCAUAGCAGUGACAGCAACCCCGCCAUCUGCCGCCACCGCCAGGCCGCCCGCAGCCGCUUCUUCAGCCGGCCCUCAGGUAAGAGCGACCUGACAGUUGAUGCAGUGAAGUUGCAUAAUGAGCUGCAGUCGGGGACCCUGCGCCCGGGCGGGAGCGAAGCCCCUGAGACUGCCAUAGAAGAAGAGGUGGUGCCGGCUCUCACGGAGAAGUCCUCGGCCACCUUCCUGAGCGGCCUCUCCGACUGCACAAACGUCACCUUCAGCAAAGUGCAGCGUUUCUGGGAGUCCAACUCGGCUGCCCACAAAGAGAUCUGUGCUGUUCUGGCUGCUGUCACUGAGGUGAUUCGCUCCCAAGGAGGGAAGGAGACAGAGACUGAGUACUUUGCCGCACUGAUGACAACAAUGGAAGCGGUGGAAUCCCCAGAGUCUCUGGCUGCUGUUGCUUACCUGCUGAACCUUGUCCUGAAGCGCGUACCCAGCCCUGUGCUCAUCAGGAAGUUUUCUGAUACCUCCAAAGCCUUCAUGGAUAUCAUGUCAGCCCAGGCCAGCAUUGGUUCCACCUCUGCCCUCCGAUGGGUCCUGUCCUGCCUGGCCACCCUUCUGCGGAAGCAGGACCUGGAAGCCUGGAGCUACCCUGUGACCUUGCAGGUGUACCACGGGCUGCUGAGCUUCACUGUGCAUGCCAAGCCCAAGAUCCGGAAGGCUGCCCAGCAUGGAGUGUGCUCUGUCCUCAAGGGCAGUGAAUUCAUGUUUAGUGAAAAGACCCCUGCCCAUCACCCUGCUGCCAUUUCCACUGCCAAGUUCUGCAUCCAGGAGAUUGAAAAAUCUGGAGGCUCCAAAGAGGCCACUACCACACUGCACCUGCUGACGCUGCUGCAGGACCUGCUGCCCUGCUUCCCGGAAGGCCUGGUGAAGAGCUGCAGUGAGACUCUCCUCAGGGUCAUGACCUUGAGCCAUGUGUUGGUGACAGCCUGUGCCAUGCAGACCUUUCACAGCCUUUUCCAUGCCAAGCCUGACCCAGGCACCCUGUCAGCAGAGCUCAAUGCCCAGAUCAUCAUGGCCUUGUAUGACUAUAUUCCCAGCGAGAAUGACUUACAGCCCCUGCUGGCCUGGCUUAAGGUCAUGGAGAAAGCCCACAUCAACCUGGUCAGGCUGCAGUGGGACCUGGGGCUGGGCCACUUGCCUUGCUUUUUUGGAACUGCGAUGACCUGCCUUCUGUCCGCCCACUCGCAGGUGGUGACAGCUGCCACUCAGAGCCUCCAGGAGAUUCUGAAGGAAGGUGUGACUCCUCACAUGGCCAGCAUUGGCUCCGUGACCUUCUCGGCCUCAGGCCCUGCCCAGUACAUUGCCAAGAUGUUCAGGGCAGUGGAGGAGGGCCUGACAUACAAGUUCCAUGCAGCGUGGAGCUCUGUGCUGCAGCUGCUGUGUGUCUUCUUCGAGGCAUGUGGGAGGCAGGCUCAUCCUGUGAUGAAGAAGUGCCUCCAGUCCCUGUGUGACCUGCGGCUCUCCCCGCACUUCCCCCACACAGCAGCUCUAGACCAGGCUGUGGGGGCCGCGGUGGCCAGCAUGGGACCCGAGGUGAUUUUAGGGGCUGUGCCUCUGGAAAUUGACGGCUCUGAAGAGACUCUGGAUUUCCCACGGAGCUGGCUGCUGCCCGUCAUCCGGGACCACGUCCGGGAAACACGACUUGGUUUCUUCACUACCUACUUCUUGCCCCUGGCUACCACUCUGAAGAGCAAAGCAAUGGACCUGGCCCAGGCGGGUAGCACAGUGGAGUCCAAGAUCUAUGACACACUCCAGUGGCAGAUCUGGACCCUCCUGCCUGGGUUCUGCACAAAGCCCACGGAUGUGGCUGCGUCCUUCAGAGGGCUGGCACGGACACUGGGCACAGCUAUCAGCGAGCGCCCAGACUUGAGGGUCACUGUGUGCCAGGCCCUGCGCACCCUCAUCGCCAAGGGCUGUGAGGCAGAGGCCGACCGUGCCGAAGUGAGCCGCUUUGCCAAGAACUUUCUGCCCAUCCUCUUCAACCUGUAUGGGCAGCCUGUUGCAGCUGGAGACACCCCAGCCCCUCGCCGGCCUGUGCUAGAAACCAUCAAAGCUUACCUCACCAUUACUGACCCGCAGUUGGUGAAUGGUUUCCUGGAAAAAGCCAGUGAGAAGGUGCUCGACCCUGCUAGUUCUGCCUUUACCAGAUUGUCUGUCCUGGACCUGGUGGUGGCCCUGGCUCCUCACGCUGAUGAAGCCGCCAUCAGCAAGCUGUACUCCACCAUCCGACCAUACCUGGAGAGCAAGGCCCAUGGGGUACAGAAAAAGGCCUACCGUGUGCUGGAGGAGGUGUGCGCCAGCCCGCAGGGCCCUGGAGCCCACUUUGUGCAGAGCCACCUGGAGGACCUAAAGACGACCUUACUGGACUCACUGCGGAGCACUUCCUCACCUGCCAAGAGGCCCCGUUUGAAGUGCCUCAUACAUAUUGUGAAGAAGCUCUCAUCUGAGCACGAGGAGUUCAUCACUGCACUCGUCCCAGAGGUGAUCCUGUGUACCAAGGAGGUGUCCGUGGGUGCUCGGAAGAAUGCUUUUGCCCUGCUCGUGGAGAUGGGCCGUGCUUUCCUUCGGUUUGGCCCGAACCAGGAAGAAGCCCUGCAGCGCUACCUCGUCCUGAUCUAUCCCGGCCUGGUGGGUGCUGUGACCAUGGUCAGCUGCAGCAUCCUGGCCCUGACCCACCUCCUUUUUGAGUUUAAAGGUCUAAUGGGGACCAGCACGGUGGAACAGCUUCUGGAGAAUGUGUGCCUGCUCCUAGCCUCCCGCACCCGCGAUGUGGUCAAAUCAGCUCUGGGCUUCAUCAAGGUGGCUGUGGUUGUCAUGGACGUGGCACACCUGGCCAAGCAGGUGCAGCUGGUGAUGGAAGCCAUUGGGAAGCUUUCGGACGAUAUGCGGCGGCACUUCCGCAUGAAGCUUCGGAACCUGUUCACCAAGUUCAUCCGCAAGUUUGGGUUUGAGCUGGUGAAGGGGCUGCUGCCUGAGGAGUACCACAAAGUCCUGCUUAACAUCCGGAAAGCCGAGGCCCGGGCCAAGAGGCACCGCGUUCUGAACCAGGCUGCCAUGGAAGAGGAGGAGGAGGAAGAGGAAGAGCCCACUCAGGGCAAAGGUGACAGCAUUGAGGAGAUUUUGGCCGACUCAGAGGAUGAGGACAAUGAGGAAGAAGAAAGGAGCCAGGCCAAGGAGCAACGGAGGCUGACACGACAAAGGAGCCGGGCGUGGCUGAAGGACGGUGGAGGGGACGAGCCCCUCAACUUCCUGGACCCUAGGGUGGUCCAGCGAGUUCUAGCCACACGGCCUGGGCUGGGCCAGGGCAAGAAGAAGGACCAUGGCUUCAAGGUGAGUGCCGAUGGCCGGCUGAUCAUCCGGGAGGAGGAGGACGUGGCCCCUGCCAAGAUGGAGGAAGAGGACGGCACUAGAGGGGAAGAUGAAGAAAUGGCUGACCUCAUGGAAAGCAUGGAUGUCAGGAGUAAAAAACACCAGAAGCUCAAGCAUCAGAAAGAGGCUGAUGACGAGGAGCUGGAGAUGCCCCCUCAGUACCAAGCUGGAGGCUCUGGCAUCCAUCGCCCUGUGGCCAAGAAGGCUACGCCUGGGGCCGAAUACAAGGCCAAGAAAGCAAAGGGUGACAUGAAGAGGAAAGGUCGGCUUGAACCCUAUGCCUAUAUCCCCCUCAACAGAACCAAGUUCAACUGCAGGAAGAAGGUGAAGCUCCAAGGACAGUUCAAAGGCUUGGUGAAGGCUUCCCAGCGGGGGUCCCAGGUGGGCCAUAAAUCCCACAGAAAGGAUCAGCGGCCCUGAAGCCCGAAGGCCCCCGGGGCUGCUCUGAGGUCUAGCCUAAGUCCUCUUCUCAGCCCCCAAGAUAUCUUGACACCAACUCCAGAAGCUCGAGGCUCUGGCAGAGCUUUGCCUCGGAAUGACUGUUGGAACCAAGGCUUGGCUUCCAGAGAGGCAUGCAGGACUUUGAAAGCUCCAAACAGGAACCACACUUUAGAGAUGGCCCUGGGGCUGGGAGAUGGGAAUGUGGCCUUAGUGUCUUUGAAUAGGCCAGGAAGGUGGCUGUGCUUCCUGCCCAGAGUGGCCGUGUGCAUCAGAGUGGACGGUCUUGUUUCCUCCAGCUGCCUGUAGCCACAUGGCACUCAGCCUGGCUCUGUGGUCUAGACAUGUGAGAUUUGCUAUGAUCAGAUGUAGAAUAAACAUGCACCACCAUGAA